AGACACGAUAAUUGAAGGUGAGCUGUGAGUUUAGGAUAAACCGAAAACACAAUGGGACUCAGUGCUUUACAGGAUUACCAAAUUAAUAUUCUCUCCAGCUUGUACAUAGCCUUUCUCACUUUCAGUUUGGCUGGGAGUUUUUCAGUCCUGUUGGUUUCCAUAGUGAAAUGGAGACAUCUGAAAGAUCAGGCCCUCCUCCUGGUGCAGCUCACUCUGGCGGACCUCCUGGCUGCUCUGGUCCUGAUGUUCACAUCUGUCAAGAACAAAGCUGGCACCAGCACUGGACUCAUGUGCCAUUACAGCCUGCCACUUUCACUGACAUUUUAUUUCAUUUCAUUUCUGCUGGUGAUUGUUUAUGCCUGGAAAUCCAAAAAUGUCAUCCAGGGAUGGAGGGAAAGUGCAACAGAUGAUGAGGACAGACAGAGUCAAUGCAGAAAGAAAAUUAUAGAGGCACCUUUAUAUGCCAUUGUGUGGUUGAUUCCACUCGUACUUUAUUUUGGUUACUUGCUCUUUUUUUGGGGGGAGACUACAAGUUUAGUUCCUCUCCAAAACACCCAAUAUUUGUUUCCUCUGAGCAACAUAACAAUGAACAUACCCAACCAGACCCACUUCAGGUGCAUUUUGUUUUUGAAUCUCUGGAGUCAUUUCAGCUCAGAUGAUAUAUUAGAGCGUUACCAUGAUUAUUUCAUCGGAUGUGUUCUUUUAAUCGUGCUGAUAUCAGUGAUAAUAUCUUGCUCUUUUAUUUACUACAAAGUGGAGAAGUGGUAUGAAAAGCGUAUGGAUGUUGGGCUUUUUCCUGUGGAGGGAGACGGGCUUUCAAGGAGGCGUUUUAAAAGAGUGUUGUCAACAACACGGAAUAUGGUGUUGGUUGUCUUAUUCUGCUGGAUACCAGUUCUUCUUGUCAUUCUGGUGUCAAUACCACAGAUAUCAUCAAAAGUCAAACAGCAAGAUUUGUUCCCCCUUUAUUGCUUUCAGGCUGUUAUGGUGUCCCUUCAAGGUUUUCUGAACAGCAUGGUCUAUGCCUGGAAACGGCCCAACUUCACAGAUGCUGUUCUCGGGGAAAACACACCCCUGUUAAGAUACAACCAGAUAGCCUUCUUCGAUGAAUCUCUAAGAAGCUGAUGCUGUGAGGGCCAUUGUUGUGCGGCAACACCCUGCCCUGGCUUCAUGAAGUCAAACUGCACGCAACCAUGACUUCAUGGCAGCGAAAACUGGAACACAAACUGGACUAAGCAAGACAGAUCACAUAAAAAAGAAAACACAAACACUUUUAAAAUAAGAAAUCAUGUAUUAUUUAAUUGUGGUUACUGUAGUUUUUUUUAUUAGAAACAGCAAUUGGAACUUUUUUGUGGGAAAUGUGUGGUACUUAUUCUUAUUGUACAGUUUUCUUAAAAAAAUGUUAGAUAUCAAAGAUCACUGACUGUGUCCUGAGAUACUUGAUGUAUCCUGCCAAUGAUUUUGCUCAGCUGUUUGCAAUUUCAGAUUUAUUCUUUUGAAUCAGCAAAAGCUUUGCUCAGUCAUAUUGGCUUCAUGUGCAACUGUCCUUCUUCCUCUCUCUCUUUGGUCAAAUAAAAGUUAUGUAAAUCCUGUCACGA